GGGGAACCGACAAAUCAUUCGGCGCGAGGACAAGACAGAUCUAACUCUACAACGAGUCUCAUAUCAGCUAGCAUAAUUUGAAAAAAAAAAAAAAACAAAAAAAUUAAGAUACAGCAAAAAAAAAGAAAAAGAAGGUAUUUAGAAAAUAAUAUAUUUUAACUCAAUUGUUGUUGAAAAAUACAAUUUUAUUUAGCAACUGCUAAUAAUAAUAAUAAUAAUAAUUAAUUCCAGCUCCUUUCAUUUAGCUAGAAACCACAAAAUCAAGAAACAAACUUUUGUUGUUGUUGUUGUUGUUGUUUUAGUGAUGAUGGGCAAGUUACCAGAUAGAUUUUCUGGGUUCAUCAAUAAUAGAUGGCUAGUUUUUGUGGCUGCAAUGUGGAUACAAUCAUGUGCAGGAAUUGGUUAUUUAUUUGGUAGCAUAUCACCUGUUAUAAAGAGCUCAUUGAACUACAAUCAAAGGCAGCUUGCAAGUUUAGGUGUUGCUAAAGAUCUUGGUGGUAGUGUUGGUUUCUUGGCCGGUAGUUUAUCAGAAAUCUUGCCUUUAUGGGGUGCUUUGUUAGUUGGUGCUUUGCAGAAUCUUGUUGGAUACGGUUGGGUUUGGCAUGUGGUAACAGGCAGAGCUCCUGUUUUGCCAUUAUGGGCUGCGAUGUAUAUUGGUACCCUGUUGAUUGGACUCGGCUAUGGAGCUCAUUGGGCAAUUGUGCCAGCUGCUGCCUCCGAGUUGUUUGGUUUGAAAAAAUUCGGAGCUUUGUACAAUUUCCUCACUCUGGCAAAUCCGGCAGGUUCACUUGUCUUUUCUGGUCUAAUUGCAAGCAGCAUAUAUGACCGUGAAGCUGAAAGGCAAGCCCAUGGAAACAAUUACCACAUUCACAAUGGAGGGUAAUUUUUUUCAGGCAUGUUGGGUCUGAAUGAACCUUCAAAGUGUGAAGGUUCCAUAUGCUACUUCCUUACUUCUAUGAUCAUGUCAGGAUUUUGCGUUGUUGCUGUUGUCUUGAGCAUGAUUCUUGUGCAUCGGACUAAGAUUGUCUACGCAAACCUCUAUGGAAAAUCACGGAGUUGACUUCCAUUUUAUGAUAGUGUUUGUGUAUUCAGACCAAGGUUUUGAUGGAUUUCUUCAUGUUUGUGGCAACACGUUGCCAGAGAGCUGGCAGAGUCAAGCAUACUACAGGAAACUCUCAAGUAAAAGUACUAUAAUAUUUGUAAUGGAUUUUAUGGUAUUUUCUCUGAUUUACCAACUGACCCAUGAACUCUUGUAGUUCAACUAGAUCUGGAUAAAACAUUCCGCAUGUAAAGUCAAAUCCUUGAAGCUAUACCAGUGUUAAUAUGCCUGUUA